UCGAGGUUUAAGAGAAAUGGCAGGUGGAGAAGCACCAGGUGCAAGAGAACUUGACCAGACACCCACAUGGGCAGUCUCGGCAGUUUGUGCUGCUAUUGUUAUGAUCUCUAUCAUCCUGGAGAAGGUUCUUCAUUGGAUUGGAGAGUGGUUUCAAGAAAGACACAAGAAAGCUCUAUAUGAAGCUCUUGACAAAGUUAAAGGCGAGCUUAUGGUUUUAGGAUUUAUAUCCUUGCUCCUGACAUUCAGUCAGAACUACGUUUCCCAAAUCUGUAUUAAAGAAAGUUAUGCAGACACAAUGUUACCUUGCCCCAAAAAGGGCAUGAAAGAUGAACAUGAAUCUGCCUCUGGCAAUGAGGAACAUCAUCGCAGGCUUCUAUGGUAUGACCGCAGAUUUUUAGGUGGCGAUAGCAAAGUUAAAGGAUGCAAAAUGGGAUAUGUACCACUCAUAUCUGUGAAUGGACUGCAUCAGUUGCACAUCUUCAUAUUCUUUUUAGCAGUUUUUCAUGUAAUCUACAGUGCCAUAACAAUGAUGCUUGGAAGAUUAAAGAUCCGUGGAUGGAAGGAUUGGGAAAGAGAGAAUUGCAAGGUUCAUGAUGCCAUGAAUGAUCCAACAAGAUUCAGGCUCACUCAUGAGACAUCUUUUGUAAAAAGCCACACAAGUUUCUGGACGAAAACGCCUGCCCUCUUUUACAUUGUGUGCUUCUAUCAACAAUUCUUUAGAUCUGUUACAAAAGCUGACUACCUGACCAUGAGACAUGGAUUUGUUUCUGUUCAUUUAACACCUGCAAGUAAGUUCGACUUUCAAAAAUACAUCAAAAGAUCAUUAGAAGAUGACUUCAAGGUCGUUGUCGGUAUAAGUCCAUUACUGUGGGCUUCUGUAGUGCUCUUUCUGCUUUUCAAUGUUCAUGGAUGGCAGGCUACGUCCUGGUUUUCUGGACUUCCUCUUUUUGUAAUCUUAGCAGUUGGAACAAAGCUUCAAGCAAUUAUAACACAAAUGGCACUUGAAAUUCAAGAAAGGCAUGCUGUAGUCCAAGGAAUACCACUUGUGCAAGUCUCUGACAGGAAUUUUUGGUUUAGUUGGCCUCAGCUAGUCCUUUAUCUCAUCCACUUUGUCCUGUUUCAGAAUGCAUUCGAGCUAACAUAUUUCCUUUGGAUAUGGUAUGAGUUCGGGUUGAAAUCUUGUUUUCACGAGAAUAUAACUCUUGUAUACAUAAGAGUUGCUUUAGGUGUAGGGGCCCAGUUUCUCUGUAGCUACAUUACGCUUCCACUCUAUGCCCUAGUUACUCAGAUGGGAUCAACCAUGAAGAGAUCAAUCUUUGAUGAACAAACUUCCAAGGCGUUAAAACAGUGGCAUAAAAAAGCUGUAAAGAAGCAUCAAGAUGGGAAGCCAGAACACGUGGCCACCAGGACCUUGGGGGGAAGCCCAGGUGACUCUCCACCUCCAGAACCAGAACUUAUGGCAGAUGUUGAAGCAGACGAGUCAGCAAAUAUCAUGGCUACUGUGGAUAUUGAUGGGGAUCAACAAAACCCUAACCCUUAUGCUCAACAUGAUCUACUAAGUUGAUGAUACUUAAUUAUGUGGCAGAGAAACUGUUUCAUGUUUUAGGGUAGUUAAUCAAAGCCCUAUUAGUUGUGCUAGUAAAGAGUUUCUGCUUCAGAGUGGAAAGGUUGACCCUUGGCUGUAAUGUUAUUGAGGGGUCGCACACUCACUUUUACUAUUUUUUUUUUUUCAAAGUUACAUAGAGAUUAGGGAUUAAAAAACUCUGGCACUUGUCAAAUUUGAGUUAUGUAAUUAGUCAAAAGAAUUAAGCCGUGUUAGGCCACUUUUAC